GUUGGGUGAAAGGUUGAGCCAGGAAAAGAGGCGGAGCUACGCGCACACUCGCGCGGACGGUCGGGACGGUCUGAGGCCCAUGUGGAGUGGCAGCAGAAGCAGCCUGACUGCCACAUCUGGAUCGAGAUCUUGGGCCCUCAGCAGCUAUGAAGGGUAGCCGGAUCGAAUUGGGUGAUGUGACACCACACAACAUUAAGCAGUUGAAGAGGUUAAACCAAGUCAUCUUUCCUGUCAGCUACAAUGACAAGUUCUACAAGGAUGUGUUAGAAGUCGGCGAGCUUGCCAAACUGGCCUAUUUCAAUGAUAUUGCUGUGGGCGCAGUGUGCUGUAGAGUAGAUCAUUCUCAGAAUCAGAAAAGACUGUACAUCAUGACGCUUGGAUGUCUGGCCCCUUACCGACGGUUAGGAAUAGGAACUAAAAUGUUGAAUCAUGUGUUAAACAUCUGUGAAAAAGAUGGCACCUUUGAUAAUAUCUAUCUGCAUGUUCAGAUUAGCAAUGAAUCAGCAAUUGAUUUCUACCGAAAAUUUGGAUUUGAGAUCAUUGAAACAAAGAAGAACUACUACAAAAGGAUAGAACCAGCAGAUGCGCAUGUGCUGCAGAAAAGUCUCAAAGUCCCCUGUCUUGGCCAGAACACAGAUAUGCAAAAAUCUGACAACUGAGCAAAACCCAGGAAACCCUUUCUUGCACUUUCUUGUCACCAAAUAAGGAAAGAAGGCCUGGAGUUUUGGUUUUUUGUUUCCUUUUUCCUAAUACGUGCUGUACCUGUCCAACAAAUUAAUAACUUCCUAAGGAUUGUCAAAUUGUGUGUUUUUAUUUUAUAUCUCUACUUUGCAUUCUUUGGGAUAAAAAAGUUUUAAUGGGGGAGGAGGGAGAGGAGGCUUCAUAUGGUCUUCCAAAGGUCAUUUUUUUUCUUCAGCAUGUGUGAUCCUUCUGCUUUUCUGAUGAAGGACAAAGUUUAAGCAAUACCUUGCAUCAGUGCCAUAUUGCUUUUCCAAUUUGGAAGUUAUUUCUCUCUAGUUCUGAACUUGAUUUAGCAGGUUUGGCCUUGUUGAUCUUUGGAACAUACACAGACAUCAGUCUUAUGAAUGGUUUAUUUGUACUAGGUUUGGCCAGCUGAUGUCAUGUUCCUUGACAGGUGUAGGUGACAAUCCAAAUGGGUUAUACCAUCUUUCUUUCAUCCUCUGAUUAUAUACAUUUCAUGGGGAAAGAUGAACAUGCCUUGGUUCUGGCACAGUGGAGGAACAAACGUUUAAUGUUGUUAAAG